GCCAGCCUCCAGCCACCUCGCGUCUUGUCUUGUCGCCUCGUCGUCGUUCCUGGUCUCUCCACAUCACGAUUCAAUGGCGCCCUCGACCCUGAGCCAAGGAAUGGAAGACCGGAUCUCGGAUGUCGAGGAAGUGAAACUACUGGAGGAUGUCAAGGACAAGAUGGAAGAUGGGGUGGUGGAGCCACCAGAUUGGCUACCAGAUGGUUGGAUCAUGGAGGUCAGACGUGGUGACGAUGGUGUCCUCUAUCGGUAUUACAUAUCUCCAGUGUCAGGGGCCAAAUUCAGGAUGAAGUCUGAGGUCUUGAACUACCUUUUCUCUGAGAUUGAUGAGCACUACCUAGAAGCCAAGGAGUCAGCUGCUCGUAGUGUGCUUGUUAGGUCACAUGAAUGGCUUCCGAAGGGGUGGGUGAUCGAGAUCAGAGCGGGCGGAGAGAACAUGGACAAGAUGUACAAGUUUUAUGUUUACUCGGCACUUGGAGUACGAGUAUUUUGUAAAGAAGAUGUGCUACUAUAUGUUAAGGAAAUGAAGAUCGCCAAUUGUGAUACAAAUGGACAAUGCGACACUAACUCUCGAGAAAAUAUCCUUGCAGAAGUGGAGUUCAACCCAUUUGGGCUGCCACAUGGUUGGGUGAAAGAACUGGUAUACAGAAAAACAUUGGAAGGAAUAAGGAAAGACCCGUACUACACGGACCCUGUCAAUCAAUAUGUAUUCAGGACAUUAACGUCUGCAGUUCGCUACCUUGAAACGGGAAAAGUUACAAAACGUGCUUUUUUUCCAAGGACAAGUGUCCACGAACUGUACAAUUUUGAGAAGUCUGCGGAUCUGCAUGAGUGUUUGCGCAAAAGGCUGACAAAAAAUGUGAUGACUGGUACAACACAUGCAACUCCGUCGAGACCUAGAAGAUCAAAAAGUGUGGAAAGGAUAAAUCUCAAUGAGAAAAAAAUAUAUCUCUGUAAGUUCCUCAUGCCAUCAUUGCUCUGA